AUGGUCGUCGCCAUUAGAGAGCAGCCAACCAAAAGGUCCAGGCUCUCGCUCUUUCGUUUGCGCAAGCCGUCCACAAAGCCGUCUGCUUCGUCGACCACUCAGACACCACCACAGCCAUCCGAGUCGGAUGACCAUGCAGCCCCGCAGUCGACCCCACGCCAGACGCCGCGCCAAGAAUUGCCAUCCUCCAUGCGCAGCGGCCCACCCCCCGCUCGUCAAGCCCCAAACCUAGACGACAGCAACCAUGCCCCCCUACCGUAUUACUAUUCAGGCUCGGCCAACGUCCCUCGCGGCUACCGCUCGUCGUCGUCGUCGUCGCAUGUCGAUCAAUACCAUGACAUCAAAGAGCCUCAUGCCGGCUCUUUGCCUCUGCAGCACGCCGCUGCCGCUGCAGCACGUACAGACAUCAUGUCGACUACCAAGCACUCACGUCAACGCUCCCAUUUCAGCAUCCCCGACGUCAUUGUCACCACCUGCGAGGAAGACGGCGAGGAACAGCUCGUACAGAUCGAAAUCCCACCCAACAAGCGUCGCAGCUACGUCCUUUGUGAUGCCGCCAGCGAACACGUGCGAGACCAAAGAUCCUUCAAGAAGAACACCACAUCAGGCUUUGCUCGCAGACCCGCACCUUUGAUUAAGUUCGACUCGCACGAGAUCGCUGGCGUGCACAUGUCUCGCAGUGGCUCCCUACCCAGCAUCAGCAGCGUCAGCACAACUAGUAGCUCUCCCAUCUCGCCCACCCUUUCCUCGCCCACGUCGGCCUCCACCCCCUCCUCUUCCGUCAGCUCAAGCCUCUCCAAAGCUGCUUCCAACAAACCUAGUCGCAAAUCUUCCUUCCCGCUUCUCUUUGGACGCAAGAGUCUCGACUCUCAAAAGUGCGCAAACGUCAAUAACGGGCUACACCAAGAGCCGUUGCCCUCUUCGCCCAUCACUCCCACCUCCACUCGUACGACCAGCAGUGAUUCUUUCCCAAACGCUCACCCGGAUGGGCUAUCGUUUUCCACUCACGAUCCUCUGCCCACCCCAUCAUGCUCGCGCAACGUUUUCACUCGUGCCAUCAGCAGCCUUCCUUCUCCCCCCGUGACACCUACUUCACCGGUGCCUGCCUUGUCCAAAAAACAGUUAAAGACCAAGGCUAAGGAAGAACUGGCACUCAUAAAAGAGCUUCAACGCGUCGACAAGCUCGUCAAACAGCACGACGUCAAUGCUAUCAAGGCGCAUGAAAAGGCACAAGCAAAACAACGCAAGCGAGCCGCCAAACUUGUCGAGAUCAACCAACCGUUUCAUCGGGCUAGUACUGACACGAGACCGUCGGUCGAUAGCUACCGUGCCGAUGGCUCACAUCCCAUGUCUGCCGUGGCUUGUGUAUCGAAGAAGACCACCACCGUCUUUCAAGCGUCCACCAGAUUUUCGGCCAUGGGUAUGGGUCUUACCAGGAGGAACAGUGUUCGCGGUGCAUCGACAGACGUUCGUGUUUUCGCCGGAGAGCGACGCGGUUCGGAGCCCAUCCUGUCAAAAUCCACUGACGCUACCAUGCGUACCAGGUCGGAUGCCUCGACACGGGUGAGCGUCGAUCUGCCCGAAAGCGAUAGGCUGCCUUUUACGCACCCUCGAGCUGCGCCCCGACCCAACGUUGAUUGCGAAGCUCUGCCGCAGACAGCACCGUUGACGCUCACCAAGCAAGCAACUCGUCGCUCGAGUUUGUCCAAAGAUGACUCGUCGCCUCCUCGCCCAACUCGACCUGCUCCUCCAGUGCCCUGUCAAAGCACAACAUCCGUGCGUGUCGCACAGCCGCGCUCAGCGCAAACGGUGGACGUUGAAGCGGCUGACGUGGCCGACGCAGAUGCGAGCUUUGGUGACGACUCGGACGAGACUACUCUGGUGUGGACGCGCGCAAGCUGGUCUGAGCUCAGUUCCGGUUUUACUGCAGCACCGUUGCCCAGUCUGAUCCCAUCGAGUUCAAGCGUCAGCUCAGUGGCUGUGCCGGUCGAGCUCGAGCAGGAUAGCGAAAGUGGAGAUUGUGUCGGCGAGUUCGACGAGCUUCAGCCCAACGCACGCAUCACGAGGCGAGCUAGCGUACAGCGUGCGCUGGCGAUCUCGGAUGCUGCAAUGAGCAUACUACAAAAGCGUACGUCGAUGAGCAAAAGAGCAUCGCACUACAAUGCCAAGCGUCGAUCUGUACAGGAUACGGAAGUGGAGGCCGCUGGUGUGGGUGCGAGCAAGAGGUCUUCUGCAGCUUCGAGCCUGCGACGCCGAAGCUUUAUUCGUCAAUUGAGCGAUCAUGAGGGCUGGAAAGUGGUCAGCAGCGAUGAUCAAGCCGAGCAAGACGAUGGAUUUAGGCCUCAAGAUAGCAUUGUUGCACAGCCGGACCUGUGCAGUACAAGAUGGGACGAUUGGGUGGAGCAAGAAACGCUGAACGAGCAGCAUCAAUUGACGGCUACAGUGACGCAGCAACGUAUUUCAGCGCAAGUCGAUCUGGUACUAGCCGAUCUGUACUCUGCGCAGAAUGCAGAUCAGGUCCAGAAGCAGCUUGCUGAGCCUGAACCAAGCGGCGAAUGUACACCGACGCAGGAGAGCGUCAGCGAUCCCAUAGCUCGACUUGUCGAGCUACCAAAUGUCGACAAGUCGUGUGCUCCAGAGCGGCCACGUCGGUGCUUGCAUCGAACCACGUCGCCUACGGCUACCACGUGCACAACCUCGUCCAUCUCAUCGACCGACUCGUUCGCAUCCAACUCAUCGGGGACUACGCGAACCACGGACUUGGCCACGCUCGCCGACGACUCGCAAAUCGAUCCUGCGCGCAACAAGGUUAGCGUACAGGACGAGCCGAUCUGCUUCUCGCGUCCUUUCUCGCCUCAGUACCGAGCGUCGUUGGAAGACCAGCGUCGCGCGGAUACAAAGGAAAACGUUAGUGUGCCUGGGUAUGACGAUGCAGCUGCAAACAAGCGGUCCGAGACCGAAUUAGGCGCGAGUUUCAGGCUGUCCCUGGCUCCACUCGCCCCAUUGCAGUUGUAA